UGGUAAUUCAUUGCAGUUUUAUAUGGAAUCGUGAAUCUAAAUAGAGAGUAAUGGUGUUGGCUGGAAGAGCAAUCAAGAUCGAGAUGAGAUGCCAAAAUACCAAAGAGAAUAGCAAUCAGUUUUCAGCAUUACCAAAGCCUAUUAGAAGUGGAUAUUGGGCUUCGGAAAUCCAAGAAAUGGCUAAUGAAGAGUCCACAAGACAUAGUAAGGCUGGAAGAGCAAUCAAGGCCAAGAUGAAAUUUUGGAAAUUUCCGAGGAGCAAUCAAGACCAAGAAUGGCAAUCGGUUUUCAGCAUUGCCAAAGUAUAUUUGGUCUAUUGGCAGUGCAUAUUGGGCUUAGAUACUCUCAUUCGGAAAUCCAAGAAAUUGCUUGUAGAAAUUCACAAACCGUUGUAAGGUAUUGUCAAGCCCAUCCAAUAUGUUUUAUAUCUUGAGAAUCCGUAUAUUGCUGCUGCCAGCUAAUAAUUGUUAAUGCUAAUACGUCAAUUGAGUUGGUGAGUUGGUGGAUGGAUAAGGCAGAAUUUAUUGCGAACCGCUGCAUUGAGUGUCGACCCUAUCAAGGCAGAUUUUCUCACCAUUAUAUAACACGCAUUCUCCGUGCACCAAUUCAUCCACCAUAUCUCCAUUUCUUUUUUCCUCUUUCA